AUGAGCACGGAUAUCACUAGCCCCGAACUCAGGGGGGAUCCCAAAAGACAAGGAUCCGUCAAGCGAGCCAGGCAAUUGCUAGAGGCCGGCUUACGCCCAGCACAGCCUCCACCUAAUCAGGAGAGAGGCUCGCCUACCACGAGGAAGGUAUCGCAGGAGACCCAGUGGCCUCUUACUGAUACGAGCCUACCGGCGCAUCCGAUCAAACAUCAUCUCAAGCCUCCGCCUCUUCGUGGUCUUCCACCACAAAGACCGCCCCAUCCAAAUGAAAUGCCCUCGCCAUCCAUCUAUUCCGAAAGGGACGGGCAAGACUCAGAAAUAGGCUUGGGCCAUGAACCCAUGCGCCAGCCUUUUAUGGACGCCCCUGUCAGUCCAACCAGUACAAUCGACAUGACUCCGCGAAUAUCAAUUGCGACGGAUGAGCUGUUCAGACAUUCCACGGCCUCGUCGACACCUUCUAUCCCCAAUUUGCCCCCCUGUCCGCCCCCUUAUGCGCCGCCUUUUGCGCCGGCUAUAUCUCCCGUUCCAGAGUGGUCGGCGGAUCCUCGUUCUACGAAAUGCUCUGUCGCGUCAAGCCGAGCCAUCCCUUCUAGUUGGGGAUCUGGUCCCGCCGAAUCGGAGAUUCUGGGAGCAUACCUCGAUAUGGAGUCAGACACUGACCAGCGUUCGUCGAGCCUUCGAAAAGAUGACAUCGUCCUUGUCCGGAAUGCCAGUCUUGGAAAGCGAGGAAAGCCUACGAUGCGGACUUAUCUCAAGCCUGGCCCUGCGCCAGAAUCUGCUGCUGUAGAUCCACCGGUACUUCCCCAGGCGACACAUACCAGGAAUGCAGUGGCAGCAUCUACGGGGUUGGGAGCUGCCGCAAAUCAGACACGAACUACGUCUACUUCGACGGGAUCUGAGAAAACUUCGAAGUGCGACAAUCCAGAAGAGCCGCCCCGUUCCCAACAGCAUGAGUCGAUUUGUAGUACCGGUCUCGAGAAAGAGCUCGAGGCAUUUGGAGCGCUGCCUAGAGCCGCGCCAACAUUGAGCAAUACUAGGCCCGGCGGCCGUAAGCCCCCUGCGCUGAAUAUGCACGCAUUGCGAGAUGCAGAGGCUCGCGGAAGUCUCUCCAGCUUAUCUGAUCUGAUCCGGCGAGCGACAAAGCUUGCAUCCAACCUGGAUCGUGGGAAGACCGCCAGCCGCGAGGUCGAAUUUAGAGGUGGAAUGGGAACCCGACGUAAUUCUGGCUCUCUCUCGGAUAUUCUCGCUUCCUUCCCACCACCAGGUUGGGCGACGCCUGAAGGCGGCCGUAGUUCAUGGUCCAUCUUCUUUGGGCGCUCCAACCUACGCAACGUUGAGCCCCUCGGCUCCGAUGCGGACGAGAAAGAUGCACCCCGACGCAGAAAGACGUGUUGUGGAAUCCCCCGAAAGCUAUUUGUACUACUGUGCAUCUUACUCUUCAUCAUUGUCAUUCUCGCAGUCCUGCUUCCCGUGUUUCUCAUCGCCGUACCUCGCGAGAAAGCGAGCGCAUCCUGUGCGCAGAGAAACCCCUGUGAGAAUGGAGGCGUGAGCGUCUCAGGCGGCACUGAAUGCUCGUGCGUCUGUUCAGAUGGCUAUACCGGCUCGCGGUGCACUGUUGCGGGUGAUGAUAGCUGCACCACAGCUCUCAUCAAAAACGGAUCGAAUGCAACUAUGGGAAGUGCGCUCCCUACCUUGUUCGAUGAGUCCGAGAAGAUAUACAACAUUGCUCUUGACCCGGUCACAAUCAUGGCGAUUUUCAGUAUGAAUAACGUCUCUUGCAAGACGGAGAAUGCAUUGGUGUCUUUCAGUGAUGUCAAGACCGACGAUACCAGCAAGUCUCGCCGAUCUGCACCGUUGGCCGACACGAGUGUGUCUGAGGAUAGCAUAGCCCUCAACGCUUCUCCAUCCGUCACGGGAGUGCCAACACCAGCGACGGUCGCAGCCCGCGCCGAGGCCACCGAGAAUGGUAUCUUAUAUGAAGACCCAGAGUCAAGCAAGUCCGCUACGGCCACAUCGAUCCCCACUCGUAUUCCGUCGGCGACUGGCACGUCCGCCAUGUCCCUAUCCUCGCCUGCUGAGGCCCAGGUUUCUAAUUCAACUGGCGUCCCUGAGAAGGUUGUUGGGUUUUCAAGGAUUGCGGUGUUGUACAUUCUACAGAAGACGGGCUCGCUCGACUCGGCAAUGUCUUCGGAGGAUGCUAUCCAAGAAUAUCUGACCGAUUCCUAUGCAAAGGCGGCUCACCCUUCCAUGGCAGUGGGCGCAUUCUCUCUGGAUUUCGAUAACUUGGUCAUCAGUCUUCCCAAUAGCACGGCGAAGGCAGAGUGA